AUGGGGAUCAAGAAACGCCAGCGCUCCGAGAGCUUCCAAGCCGAACAAAGUAGCAAUGACAAUGCCCAUAAGCGACUAGCAGCUUUCCAUGAGCGGAUGUUUGAGUUACCAGCUGAAGAUUCGCCUGUCGUAGCCCCUGUGACGCUUCGAAAAAAGCUCAAGACAAAGCACAAGACGAAAAGUGCUGGCGGAGACAAUACAGACGAUGGAGAAGCUGUGCCAAUGGUGAAGCUCAACGUCAAUAAGAAGAAGGAGAAGAAGGAGAAGAAGGAGAAGAAGAAAGUGAGGACAGCUGGAAAGGUCAAAGAAGAGGAGAAGAAGACAAAAAAGAAGGUGGUGAUGGAUCAAGCAAUUGUUUUGAAAACUCCAGAGAUAUCCAAGAGCCAUGGGACCAAGAAGCAGAAAAUUGUAGCUCCAGCAGGUGUGAAGAAGGCAUCGAAGAAAAAGAAGAAGAAAUCUGUAGUGCCGACGGUAAAGGAGAAGACGCAGUGGCAUGAUGAAGUGGACUUAUUGGAACAGGCGCUAGGAAGUAUGAAGGAGAUUGUGACAGAUCCAGUUGACAGGUCGUUGCGCAAGAAGCACAAUAGGAUGCUAGAGACACCAGAUGCUGUUUCAAAGAUGGAGAAAGCGAAGGUGGAAGUAGCCAAAACGAAGGAUGCUGUCGUACAAGCAGUGGCAGGGGUCAAUUCUCGCAUUGAGCCACCUAAAAAGGUAUCAAAGAGCCAGAAAAGGAAGAAUAAAAAAGUGCGGAAGGAAGCUGCUAAAAAUACUAAGGACAACAAACUUGCACCUGACGAUCUCCCAGCAAUUGGCGCGGGUGCAUUGUCGAGAGAAAAUGGCUCGACAGCUACCAAAUCCGCUGUAUCGUCAGCAAAAUCUCGCAUAAAGUGGAAGAAGUCUUCGAAGGUGACUACGACACGAAGUCUAUCAGCCCAGGUACAAGAGCCUGUGCAGCCCAAGCAAGACAAGCCGCUCAUCAUUUCGGAAACCCUAGAAAAACAACGUGUGAGUAAUGCAGCAAAGUAUGCUAACGAAGUCGCGCCUAAGAUGACUGAAAGAACGCCAGGAAAGAAAGCCAGAAUUGAUAGCAAACCUGCUGUAUCACUUCCGACGAAGGCAGUUUUGGAUGACGAAAAGAAUACUGUGGCAUCGCUGCAAUCUUCGAUUGCGGCUGCUUCGAUGAAGAUUGCAAAGAAAAAGAAUGGCAUGUUUUUGUCUACUCAAAACGAACUCGUCGAAGAGGAUGCGGUACCCCAAGUUACGGAUAGAGUUUUGUCAGAAAGUGAAGACGACGGUGACGUUGAAUUUGACCAUUCCUAUGGGGACAACAUAUCGUUAUUUUCACGUCUCGUCGAUUCGGCUGCACGAGAGCAAUGGGAGCUUGUGGAGGUUGGUCGGUUAGUUCGGCUCUUUGCUGCGGAAUGGGAUUUCGAACGGCACAAGACAGCCCGAUUUCUUUGCGAGACUUGCCCUGAACUUGUAAACGUCGAAUUCUUGGAAGGUUUGGGUGUGGACUUGUCCGCGAAGCAGCUUGUCCAAGUUUUUGAGGCUGGCUCGGGAAAUUUUAGAGUACUGAUGAACAAAAUGGCGUCCGCUGUGGAGAACGGCCAUUUGAGCGUGCGCAAUCCAGUAUUUGUUUCGUCGCUAGAGCACCGUGUCGCGCUUAUGGAGUCGAACGAUGAAGUGAUGGAGCUGUUACAUCCGCUCUUGGAGAGUUUGUCCACAGUGCGUGAUGUCGGGUGUUUAUUGAAGCAGCUGUGCAAAUACUGGCAGCUAGAGCGUAAAAUUGCUCUGGUGCAGCAGGUACUGUUAUCGAACGUAUUUGACGACCUAGACGGUAAUCAGGAUGAAAUCCUUCUUGACUUGCCUGAUCUUACCGGCCGACUGGACUUCCCGAGCCGUUUGGAUCAGGAAGAUGUUGAUGAAAAUGGUAACCUGAAGGGGUUUCUUGCCGACGACGACAGUGAUACUAGUGGUGAGGAGGGGUUUGAAGAGGAUGUGGACGAAGUCGACAGUGAGGAUGACGAAGGCCCAUACGAGGGGGACACCGAUUCAGAGGAAGAUGUCGAGAUCUCUGGUCGAUCACGAGGUCGCAAUCAGUUUAUUGAAGAUGAGGCGGAUGUCGGCGACGAAGAUGACGAGAUAGAAGAGGAAGAGCGCCUUGACGAUAAUGCAUCGUCUUCAUCGGAUAGCGACUGA